UGCAGGAUCGGGCCCCUUGUUUUGCUUCUCUUCCAACGACACCCCGGCGUUAAAGAACGAAAUGGUUUAAACUAAGAACCAGCUCUUUUCUGCACGGCUACCGCGGUGGUCUCUCACCUGAAUGAAGUAUUGGCCAGUUAAAAUCCAUUUUCAGGGAAUAAGCCUCUCAUUUCUCUCUGGUGGUUUGACACGUCCGCCAGGACAAGUACUUCAGGUGUUUUGGAUUGGACCCUAGCACAAGGGCUUGUAUGUAUUUUUAUUUUAUGAGCUCAUUAAUGGCCUGACAUAGUUUGAUAAGCUUAUAAUUUCCUAAUCUUGAGCCCUUAAUUUAAACAUAAGAGCAUAGUAUUGUACAAGCGAGAAAGACGUUGAAGUUUAGUUGGGCCGGAUCAGACUAAAAGGGUCCCAGCCUUCUUUCAAGGGAACAGUGCUUUAUUGCUUUUGGCUUCAGUGGGCCAAUGUGAGUGGCUACGGGUUGCAGGAUUGAGCACUUUCUGCAGCCCUGCAUCUCCCACAGUUCUGCUAGUCUGGGUGCUCCCCUCCAUCCUGCAGUUUCUGAAGGCAAUGCAAAGCUGUGACACAGUGUUUGCUGGCCACUCCUCCUUCUCCCACUUACCCAGAGGCACAGAAGUCAAGGGGCAGUUUGUUUUCUCGUAAUCUUUUUUUGUCUUUAUGAUUUUUUUAACCAUUUUCAGGCAAUAGCGAGCUUUUUUUCUUUGUUCCAAACCUUCUGCGUGGUUUAGGAUUGGUGCAGCAUCAAGGCCACAGCUGUGGGGAGCCCCUGCAGCAGUUCUUCCCUGCUGAGCUCCUCUGCCCCCUUUUAGGCAUGGCACAGCAGCUGUGCAAGUACAGGCAAUGCACAAAAGGUACUCAAUAUGUGAGGGAGCUUUCCCAGGCUUGGCAGAGGGUAUAUUAUGUCCAGCCUGCUCCCAGUCAGCCGACCCUAGCGCUGCUAGGACACAGGACUCGGAGUUGGGACAGGCAUGUUGGGGCCCCUACUCCCCCCAAAUAGCCAUGAGUCCACUGCAAAAGUCACAGAGCAGAACAGGGAGAGGCUCUGAGGAGGAGGAGGACUUUAUCCAGAUGACGCAGAGGAGGAGGGAGAAGCACUGGAAAUUUAAUCUUGAAGCAAAGAUGCAAGCGUUAAUGCCUGAGCCUCAGAUUUAUGUAGAAAGAACUCUGGCCCUCAUCAAACCAGAUGUAAUUGACAAAGAAGAAGAAAUAGAAGAUAUAAUUCUCAGAUCAGGAUUCACCAUUGUUCAGAAACGAAAGCUCCAACUAAGCCCAGAGCAAUGCAGCAACUUUUAUGCAGAUCAAUAUGGCAAAAUGUUUUUUCCUAAUUUAACAGCAUAUAUGAGUUCUGGGCCUUUAGUUGCUAUGGUUCUUGCCAGACAUAAUGCUAUCGCUUACUGGAAAGAGUUGAUUGGACCAUCAAAUAGCAUAAGAGCUAAGGAAACACACCCUGACAGUUUAAGAGCAAUCUAUGGGACAGAUGAUCUGAGGAAUGCAGUUCAUGGCAGUAUCCGAUUUUCCUCAGCAGAAAGAGAAAUUCGAUUCAUGUUUCCUGAAGUGAUUAUUGAGCCAAUUCCAGUUGGACAAGCUGCUAAGGAUUACCUGAACCUCUAUGUCAAUCCUACACUGCUAGCUGGGCUCACCGAGCUUUGUAAGCAGAAACCAGCGGAUCCAUUGAUUUGGUUUGCUGAUUGGUUGAUAGAACAUAAUCCCAAUAAACCUAGGCUACAGCAGCGGAUAACCGUGGAAGAACCUUAAGGAUGAAAGUCCAAUGGAGAUUUUGUCAAACACUAUCAAAUUAGAUGCUUAUUAGUAUCAUUUUAAGUGUAUCCUUUGAAUUUGUAAUGAAUAUUACAUGAAAUAAAUGUUAGUGUUAUAACCAACUAUAAAUUGACUAGUAAUCCUUGGAUAAGCUGAACUAGUAAUUAUUUGUUUUAGGAUCUAGUCCCGUUAAAUUAAUAAAUAUAGAAUCACAUGCUGCAACUUAUUGUGCUGGGUGAUAAAAGACAUCAUACUUUUAGUGACAUUUUCCCUCUCUGCCUUGGUUUAACCUACCCAUAGAGAACCAAGUUCUUAUUUACACCAUCGUACAUCCAAAGUAAUUCAAUUGUUUCCCAUGAGUGACUCAAGUGGCUGUUUCCAAAAGACACUUGUGACCUGUACUUUGUGAAAUCAGGCCUUGCUUACAGCAUCUACUUAUACCUCAACAUAAUGUUAAAUGACUAGAUACACUCCAAGAACCAUGUGUGCAUGCCUGCAAUUUUAGCACAGUGGUUCGAUCAGCAAUGACAAGUGGCAAAAUUACUUUGAAAUAAUAUGAUUCAUUUGUGUCUGAGUUUCUAGCCAAGAUACUCUUUGGAGGAAAGAAGUUCAAGGCAGAUUUCCGUAACUGGCAGCUAAUGGCAGAGCAGUUACGAAUCAAAAUCCCAAGAUUUCGAAUUAAAAGCCACAGGCAGGUGUAUUUCUGAUAGAGAUCCAUAGUUUACUCCAUCUCCAAUUUUUGUUUCAGCAUGUGCUAGUAGGAAGAAGUGUUAAAAUUUAAUCUUACCCUUAGUGAGAAAGUUCUUGAAUUGCUUUACCUUAGUUAUGUUAAAGGUAUACCUUGAGUACUGAUUUUUCCAUAUUAUCUCUAUUUUUACAGUAAAAUUUUAAUGUGUUCUACAGAUAGGGAGUUUUACCAAGAAUGGGAUAUGAACCGCACUGUUGAAAAUGUGACAGGCUGAUUCGCCUCAUCUACUGCCUUUUCUCAAGGAAGGAAGCUGAUUUAGAAUAUUGUAGUAGCGCCUUUUCCUUUAGGCUUUCUAUACAAGCACUCAGUCAGUUAAUCGUUUGCCUGGCUAGCAUGCAUUGAACAUAACAGUUCUGAAACUUUUUUGCAAUUCUGCUAUGCUUGAUCCAUACCAGCCAGAUGAGCAAUGUUACAUACUGCUUUAGUGCUCCCAUGGCAGGAGCGGGCUUUUAUUGAAUAAGAAAUAAGUUGUCCACAUUCACAGAAUAUUGCAUCAAGAUAAAAUGUCCUCCUGUUAGGUAUUUUCUUCUAUCUACUGGAGUAGCAAGAUUAAUUUUCAAGUAUCUGAACUUUGAUAUGUUGUGGACAUACUAGAACAGUGUGACUAUUUAACACAAGCCAGUUGUUGUUGUUCUCCCCUCCUUUCACUGGAGAAUAUUACAGUAAUUCCAACUAAAAGCUUUCAAAACCCACAAGUCAGGCCGAAAUUAUUAUGA